GCCUAUAAAGAGGACAGGACGCCGCUGCAGCGGACACGUUCACGCGCACCAAGGCCUCGCUAACUGUCGGUGCUGCAGCUAUCACACUUGCAAUAUUCAACAUCGCAAAUAUGUCUGAGCCACAGCCUCGUCCAGACAUUGAAAUCAAGUAUACUCAGAUCUUCAUCAAUAACGAGUGGUGCAACUCAGUUAGCGGAAAGACUUUCCCCACUGUAAACCCAUGUACAGAAAAGCAAAUUUGCAUGGUGCAAGAGGGAGACAAGCCUGAUGUCGAUGCAGCUGUGGCAGCAGCAAGGGCUGCUUUUGCUAUUGGAUCUGUCUGGCGUACGAUGGAUGCCUCCAAAAGAGGGCGGCUCUUGAAUACAUUUGCUGACCUUCUUGAAAGAGAUGUGGAAUACCUGGCAAAUCUUGAGACUCUAGAUAAUGGCAAACCAUUUUUGGAUGCCGUUGAAGACAUAAAAUUCUCUGCUAGUGUCCUUCGAUAUUUUGCUGGCUGGUGUGACAAGAUCCAUGGAAAGACCAUUCCUGUUGAUGGCAGUUUUUUCUCAUAUACCCGUCAUGAGCCUGUUGGUGUAUGUGGACAGAUAAUACCGUGGAACUACCCAGUUCUGAUGUUAGCCUGGAAGCUGGGACCAGCUCUAGCUUGUGGAAACACAGUUGUGCUCAAGCCAGCAGAGCAAACACCCCUUUCUGCAUUGUAUUGUGCCGCACUUUUAAAGGAGGCAGGCUUCCCACCUGGUGUGGUGAACAUUGUUCCUGGUUAUGGUCCUACAGCUGGUGCUGCCAUUUCUGAACACAUGAAUAUUGACAAAGUUGCCUUUACCGGCUCUGCAGAGGUGGGGCGACUGAUUAUGCAAGCUGCAGGACGUAGCAACCUUAAACGUGUUACUCUUGAGCUGGGAGGAAAAUCCCCUCUCAUCAUUUUUGCUGAUACAGAUUUGGACAGUGCAGCACUCUGGGCACAUGCAGCUUCCAUGAACAACCAUGGACAGAAUUGCGUUGCUGGCUCAAGGACUUUUGUCCAAGAGGCCAUCUAUGAUAAAUUUGUUGCAAAGGCAAAGGCCCUGGCAGAAAAUCGCACUGUUGGUGAUCCCUUCAAAGCUACAACCAUGCAAGGUCCACAGGUGGACCAAGAACAGUUCCAGAAAGUUAUGGACUAUAUUCGAUUUGGACAAGAAGAAGGAGCUAAACUGCAGACAGGAGGUGUAAGAGUUGGGGAUAAGGGAUUUUUUGUCAGGCCUACAGUAUUCUCUGAUGUGCAAGAUGACAUGCGCAUUGCUAAAGAGGAGAUCUUUGGCCCAGUACAGAGUAUCAUUAAAUUCAAGGACAUUUCAGAAGUGGCUGAGCGUGCCAACCGCACCUGCUAUGGGCUGGGAGCUGGUGUUAUAACAGAUGACAUUAACAAGGCCAUCACUCUUGCUCACACUCUGCAGGCAGGCAGUGUUUGGAUCAACUGUUAUGACAUAGUUACACCACAGACAGCAUUUGGAGGCUUCAAGCAGUCAGGCCAAGGAAGAGAACUGGGAGAAUAUGCUCUGAAAGAAUACACAGAAAUCAAAACUGUGACCAUUAAACUUCCAAGCAAGAAUUCCUAAGCUUUUGAACAUGAAUCAGCUGUUUGACAACAUCAUAUUUGUUUGCUGGGACAAAAUGGUGUGUGACGGGCAACCUAAAGUGAAUGGAAACCAGAAGCGGAUCAUACAUUUGCAACUGCUUCAUAAGUGGUGGUGGCAUUGUUAAGUGUUGAUGUCGUUUAAGGCAUAAUAACCUUACUAUAUUUUAUAAUUUUUUAAAUUGUUAACAUUAUAUCUUUUGGAUUUUUCCAUCUUGUAUACGAUGAAAAAGAUAUCUACAUGAAAUGAGAUUGGCAAAAAUUUUGUUACUCAUGUCUUUAACAGAUGUGUACAUUCACACACACACAAACAGAUGUCAUACAAAAAAAAGGAUAGAAAUAUGGAGUUUACAUUUAAUACACAGGCACAUAUACACAUGUAUAUCUACAUUUAACAUUUUAAUACACAUUUGCUUACAUGCACGUUUAUAGAUGUACACCAGAACUAGUGCCUUAUUAUUACAGGUACUAACAUAGUACUCCUGUAAAACAAGUAUUAAUUGGGGUUAUUAUAAUAAUAUUUCUUUGCCUAUGAAGAGCUGGUCAAAAGCAUCUUGAAGGAGUAUUUUCCUAAUCUUAGCCCUAAUAAAAUGAAGGAGGCCGAGGUUGUAUUUUAUUUUACUGGUGACAACAUCUUGCUUUUGCAGUUUGUUUGCUUUAGGGACUAUAUGAAACAUUCUGACCAAAACAUUUCAAGGAGCAGAGCCCCAGCUAACAUGAUCAGAAUGUGUCUCAUGGUCUCCACUUUAUCAAAAUGAUUCUUCAGUCAACUACUGUUUCUGGAUUUUACUCUGUGGACAAUAAUUAGACACAUCUUCCAGUCAUCUGGUAGUUUCAUUUGGAGAAUGCCAAAAGUACUGGUAAUAAAUCUUGCAGGUGAGAUGCUCAGGAAAAUAGCACUUUUCUUACACCAAAUCAUUCAAUAAGGUGGGUUUGGAUCAUUGCUAUAUGAGCUGACUGCACUCAUCACAGAACAUCAAGUGUGUACAGAUUUACUUUGUCUAUACUCAAUUCUUCCUAGGAUGUUUUUGAUCGGCUCCGAUAUUCGUUGCUCAAUAUUUGUAAUUUUUUUUUUACUUUUUACAUCUUAUAUCAGUUGUUACUGCUGUAAGCAUUAUCCAUUUUUAAUAUAACAUAUAUGCAUGUGUUAUCACUUAUUUUUUCCUAAACUCUGACAGAAGUCCAGUUGGACCAUAUUAAAUUAAAUGUCUGGAGGAAA